CUUAAGUACCAACUAAUCUAAUCAUGAAUUCCGACAGUUCAAGACAGUCAACAGCUGAUGGCAGUCCUGACCCUGAAGAGGAAAAGAGGUUGGCGCUAGCCGCGAGGGAGGCCAACCGUCUCCAAGAGCUCCGUUUGGUUUUGCUGGGCUGGAGAUGGCCAGGAAAAAGCCUGACGGGCAACACCAUCCUCGGCCGAGAGGAAUUUCGUUUGGAACGCGCGGCAGAAUUCUGCGUAAAGCGCGAGACUGAGGUGGAUGGUCGACAUGUCAUCUUGGUGGACACUCCUGGCUGGUUCUCGGCCCAGGUCACACCCGGUGUGUAUCAGCAGGAAAUGGUGCGUAGCGUCAGUUUAUGUUCACCUGGUCCCCACGCUUUCUUGCUGGUCAUUCCUGUGGGAAUGUUCAGUGAGACAGACCGCGUCCGCGUGGAAGAGAAUUUGGCGCUCUUCGGGGAGAAGGUGUGGGACCACACCAUAGUUGUGUUCACCUGGGCAGAGUCACUCCGGGACAGGUCUAUAGAGAGGCACAUUCGACGAGAGGGACGUAACCUCCAGCGGGUGGUAGAUAAAUGUAAGAAAAGGUAUCACGUCAUCAACAACCAAAUUUUCGGGGAACACCCACAACUGCCUCGUCUCAUGGAGAAAAUUGAGAAGAUGGUGGCAGAAGAGGGUGGACACUACAGCAUCGAGAUGCUGCAGAACAACGCCGCCAAUCAGAACCAUACACAGAACGAGAAUAUGAACCCCAACGCAGCAAAGCAGGAAUCGGACUUAGGAGCCAGGCCCAAACAGAACUGGUCCUCUGGUUCCCUUCGGGCCAUGGAUGUGGAUCCACCACAGAGUGCGGUCGACGGAGUGGAUGAGAAGUGAAAAUUCUAUGAGCAAUCGAGAGACAGAUUUGAGCAGUGACUGAGGCAUAGCUCUUGG